AAAGGUGAGUCAAUGACGUGACGUCACGCCUGUACCUGAGUUUCGGUGAAGAAGGAGGAAGGGCCAAGUCGAGUGACAAACAUCAGCUCCUCACAGCUGCCCUUGAUCAGUUUUUUGUUAUUACCAGUCAGCUUUGUCGUAGUGGUUACCGGCAAACCUUCUUUAGAGUGAGUUUACAAGGGUUUUUUUUGUUUGAUCUGUGCAGCAAAGGGACGGUUUGAAUCCCAGCUUUUGAUUUGUAAGACCGAAGAGAAAGGGCUUCUCCAACUUCCUGGUUCGCCGCAGGAUGGCAGGCACCCCUCGACGUGUCCGCCUGAAGCCCUGGCUGGUCGCUCAGGUGGACAGCGGCCGAUAUCCGGGUCUGGAGUGGAUGGACCGUGAAGCCAUGCGCUUCAAGAUUCCGUGGAAACAUGCAACACGACACACACCCCAGCACGAGGACGAGGACACCAUAUUUAAGGCAUGGGCUGUGGAGACCGGGAAGUUCCAGGAGGGGGUCGAUGAACCUGAUCCUGCAAAGUGGAAAGCUCAGCUUCGAUGUGCCCUGAACAAAAGCCGAGAAUUCAGCCUCAUCUACGAUGGCACGAAAGAGGUCCCCAUGAAUCCUUUGAAGAUCUAUGAUGUUUGUGACAUCCCACAGCCUGCCAGUCACCAAGCCUCUUCAGACGCUGGUUCGUGGACUCCACAGGAUGAAGAUGGUGGUGAGGAUGAUAUUCCAGAUACACCAGAGUCUCUGCCUCCAUACCCAUCCUCUGGCACCAGUCCCUCUCCUCUCAUUAUGUGGUCCCCUCCGGAUUCAGAAUCAUCCAUUCAGCCUCCAAGUUGUCCCCCUUCAAAUGAGGUCUGGCCCAAAGAGGAACCAGCCAAAAUCUGGCCUAAAGAGGAGCCUGUAGAUGUGGAGAUGCAACCCACACCCCUGCCUGACAUGGCCCCUGCUCCUCUGCCUGAUCAUUCCAUGCAUCCCCCUUCUCUACCUGAUGCCUUGUUUGCCUCUCCAGAAACAUGGAUCAGCUCCCUCCCGAUGACAGAUCUGGAGGUCCAGUUCCAGUACCGAGGGAAGGAAAUGUGUCCUACAGUGACCGUCAGUAACCCACAGGGUUGCAGGCUGUUCUACGGCGACCUCGGCCCCAUGAUCAACCAGGAAGAGCUGUUUGGGCCGGUGAACCUGGAACAGUUGCGUUUUCCGACCACAGAGCACAUCACCAAUGACAAGCAGAGGGUCUUCACUAACCGCCUGCUGGAUGUAAUGGACAGAGGUUUGGUCCUGGAGGUCAGCGGCCAUGAUAUCUAUGCGAUCCGACUCUGCCAAUGUAAGGUGUACUGGUCCGGCCCUUGUGCUCCAAAUCCAGCGGCACCAAAUCUUAUAGAGCGACAGAGGAAGGUCAAACUUUUCUGCCUGGAAUCUUUUCUCAGUGGUGUGAUAGCCCACCAGCGUGGCCAGACACCAACCCCCCCUCUGUUUGAAAUCAACCUGUGUUUUGGAGAGGAGUGGCCUGAUGGAAGGCCUAGGGAGAGGAAACUCAUCAUGGUGCAGGUUAUUCCUGUGGUGGCCCGUAUGAUAUAUGAAAUGUUUUCUGGAGACAACACGCGAUCCUUUGACAGUGGCAGCAUUCGCUUGCAGAUUUCAAUCCCAGAUAUCAAAGACAACAUAGUGACCCACCUUAAGCAGUUGUACUGUCUGCUACAGACCCACCAGGGUCAGGACGGCUGGGCGUUGCCCCCGGGCACAGGCCUGAGUGUUGCCCAGGCUCUGCAGACACAGUGAGGUGACACGCACUGUGAUCACAUUAUGUGCAUAUUUAUAUUUCACAUUACUCCUGAGAGUUACCUAUGUUAGCAAAGAAGUAUAUACUUAAUCAUGUUUAGAAGUGUGCACAAUAUACCGUAGGGUUCAUUUGCUUCUCAGCUUUUCUCCAGUGUGACUCUUAGGUGACACUGUUUUUCUGUAUAUGGAAGCCUUACUCUAGCAUUGCUCCACACUAUGUGUGCAGGAACCUUAGACAGAUGUGGUGACUGCAUGGGCUGAAGUCCUGCUUGCUGCAAGGGAACAUUUAACAUAGUUAAUAAGUUACAGAAACUGCCCCCUGCCUUGUUUAUCCAGUGACUCAGUGAUUACAGAACCUUCCCUAGGGCUGUCAUUUAAGAAACGGGGCAGAAUAUCUUUUAUCUUUUGGCCUUUCACAUCUAUAUAUAGAAGCAGCACAUUUAGCAAAACAUCUGUAUACUCUGGAAAAAUAUAGGCAAAUGUGAAUUAGAGUAAUAUAUUUUAGUAAUUCAUGUGUGACUAUACAGUCCAGUGAUAUCGUCUGUGCGCAUGUGAUUAACGGAUGGCUGACAAAAAACAUUCUGAAAGAAUAAUCUAUUUCAUUCAGUCUACAGUUUCCAGCCGUUUUAUUUUUUCAUUUAUACAGUAGAAUAUUUUUGUAUUCAUAUAUUUGAUUUUAAGCCAUGUAUUGUGUCCAACAACACUGAGCUAUAUGGAUCUGUUUUAAUAUGGCUGCGACUGCACUUUGGGGUGCUGACUUCUAAUCUAGUGGUGUCAGUGAAUCUGUCUUGCGAUUGUAUUUUUUUUAUUUUGUCAAUAAAAUUGCCAAAAUAUCACUAGAGUUAAUUAAUUAUUUAUGACAAGCAUGGUGGACUGUUGGUUCUAGACAGAAGGAGCAAACUGUACCUGUGUUGAGCAAUGCAGGAUUUCUCAUUUCACUUUUGUUGCCUCGUACCUUCUCAGAGAGCUGCUGUAUGUUGACUAUAGCUCCAUGUUAAAUCAGUGUGUGUUUAUGUUUGUGCUCUAGCUGACGUCUGUUAAUUGCAGCUCUGCACCUUCUGAAUGUGCUGAUGUGAGACCCUUGACCUCUAAUAGUUAAUUGGAACAGCUUCAGGCCUGGGAUCAGUGCGGCAUUGUGUUCUGGUUCAGUGUCGGUCCAGAUCCUGGGUGGCGUUCCAGAAAACAGGUUAAGUGAAAACACUGAGUUUGUUCAUCCUGAAUUGAGGGAAACUCUGGGUUUUCAGUUCCAGAAACAGAGAUCGUUUGAACUCUGAGUCAGUUUUCACAGUAGCUUGCUCUGUGAAUUGAACUUGUAAAUUAAAGGUAAUUAAAGUACUGCAUUCAAGAUGUUAAAAGUAAAAGAUAACUAUUAUCAGCAACAUGUUCUGCAAUAUCAAAAGUAAAAGUAUCUACUCUAAUCAUUAGCAUGUAAGGAGAGUUUUAAUGUAGAGAUAUUUCGAACAGUUUCAUACCGUUUGGUAGUUCAGUUUCAUGUAAAAUGCAACUUUUUAGUGCCAUUUUAGCUCAAAAGAAUCAUUGAUAUAUUGUGUUUGCUUUUGCAGCAUCAGAUUUAAAUGCAUAUGAUGACGAGACCAUGUUUUAGACACAACUCACGGAUUCAGAACUGAUUUCUCCUCAGCUGACAUAAAAUCUAAAGGGCUGGUGGUUUUAUUGUGGCCGAGUGCACUGGCAUUUAUGUAACGAGAUGACAGAGCAAAAAAAUAUUAAAAGAUGUU